CUGGCCGGAAGGCGGGCGGGGGAGGGCGGGCGCUGCGCCUGUGCCACAGAGAGCCCGUGCCGCUGGCCCGGGGCUCCGAGCGGGGUGGCUUGGCCGGCUCCUGCCUUCUUCCAGCCCGCCUGGCACAGCUCGCACCGGGAGGGGGAGGUCUGGCUCUCGGCGUCCUGAUGAAGCCCAGCUAGGGGAGCACGCUGCCGCCUCAGAAAGUUGGAGGAGAAGAAGGAGGGGGAGGAGGAGGAGGAGGUCUGCCCAGCGAUGUAGCCCAGAGCGUGGAACGGCAGCCCGUGGAAGGCAGUUCAGCUCCUCACCGCCCUGAUCCUGGAGCAUGGGCUAAACACUAUGUUCCUCUCCCGUAUGGAAAAUCAUUGUUUCCUGCUGUUUGUGUUUGUCUUCCAAGCAAUAUUUAUCCUGAUCCUCUACCGAGGCGGACCUUCGCGUGUGUUCCGCGGGUUUUUAGAGUCGCCUCAGGUGGUGGAUUACUCGAAGCCCCACGAUGUGUACACAAACCUCAGCUUGUUCACCCGGGCUCCCCGUGAGGACACGAUGCCCUACUGCUCGGCGCAGUCCCCGGUCCUGGUUGGUCCAUUAACCAUCACCUUCAGGGUGCUUCCUAGUGAAAGGAUGAUCAUGAAAAGAAAUCCUUUUGUUCAGUCUGGUGGCCACUACAAGCCACCUCACUGCUUUCCCCGCUACAAAUCCGCCAUCCUUGUGGCCUACAGGAACCAGGAGAAGUACCUUCGCCAUCUUCUCUACUACAUCCAUCCCUUCCUGCAGCGCCAGCAGCUCAGUUACACUAUCUACCUGAUUCAGCAGGCAGGGACUGGUUCAUUUAACCGAGCAAAGCUGCUUAAUGUCGGUGUCCGGGAAGCCAUGAAGGAUGAAGAGUGGGACUGCCUUGUCCUGCAUGAUGUUGACCUGGUGCCUGAGAAUGAUUAUAACCUGUACAUUUGUGAUGAAUAUUAUCCCAAGCACAUGGCCAGUGCCAUGGAUAAGUUUCAGUACACUCUGCCAUACAAGUCCUUUUUUGGGGGCGUGUCUGCUCUGACUCCAGAACAUUACAUGAAGAUGAAUGGGUUUCCCAACACAUACUGGGGUGAUGGUGGUGAAAAUGAUGACAUUGCUACAAGGAUUCACUUGGCAGGAAUGAAAAUAGUCCGGACAUCCCCUCACCUUGGCCGCUACCGAGUGAUGGACUACAGUGAAGAGACAGAGCUCCAAGAGCCCUGGAGGAGGCCUCCUUCCCAACACAACACCAGAAAAACAUGGAAAGCUGAUGGAAUGAAUACAUUACAGUUCAGGCUCCUUUCCAGGACUAAGCAUCCUCUUUAUACCAAGAUCACUGUGGACAUUGGAUAUGUUCCCCCAUUUUCUUAAGAGACUAAAAAGCAGAGGUUGGGUGCCACAUGGGCAUUCAGCCAGUCCCUCCCGUUUUCCUGUGGCAUCUGUCCCACCUGAGAUUAACCCUUUUGCCUUUCACUUUUCUUCAUUGUUUCAGGUUUAGAAGAGGCUCCAGGAACAGGGUAUGACAGCUACUAAACAGUCUGUGGCUUACUGUAAAAAUUGUCCAGGUCACUGUAAAACUGAUUCCUGAGCCAUGUCUAUGGCAGUAAGCCAAUCCAAGCUUUCUGGAACCUUUGUUCAGUAGCUGGAUAGCUCUGUCCUGCCUUGUACUUAAGUGUUAAUUGGGAUGCAAGCCAUUCUGUCAGAUUGGCCUCUGACGUGUUGUAUUUUGAGAAGGUGUUGAAGCCAUUUACAGUUCUAUAAAUAUCUUUUGUGAAUUUGAGUAAAAUAAAUGGAGUUAUAUGUUUGGCUUAAGAGUUUUAUAGAAUACUGAAUAAGAGUGUAAUAAAAGAGAAAAUUGCCCUGAAACCAGACAAA